CCGCCCGGCCGGCGGCGGAGCGAUGGCGGCGUGGUUGGCGCGCCAGCUGCUGUUGCUGCUGCUGCUGCUGCUGCUGCUCGGGCCCGCGACGCGAGGGCCCGCGCCGGCAGCUGCCGCCAAGAUGAAGGUGGUGGAGGAGCCCAACACGUUCGGGCUCAACAACCCGUUUCUGCCGCAGACCAGUCGCCUCCAGCCCAAGAGGGACCCUUCCCCCGUGUCUGGGCCCGCGCAUCUCUUCAGACUUGCUGGCAAGUGCUUCAGCCUGGUGGAGUCCACGUACAAGUAUGAGUUCUGCCCGUUCCACAACGUGACCCAGCACGAGCAGACCUUCCGCUGGAACGCCUACAGCGGGAUUCUUGGCAUCUGGCACGAGUGGGAAAUUGCCAACAACACCUUCAGGGGCAUGUGGAUGAGGGAUGGCGACUCCUGCCACUCCCGGAGCCGGCAGAGCAAGGUGGAGCUUACCUGCGGGAAAAGCAACCGACUGGCCCACGUGUCUGAGCCGAGCACCUGUGUCUACGCACUGACAUUCGAGACGCCCCUUGUGUGCCACCCCCACUCCUUGUUAGUGUAUCCGGCCCUGCCCACGGCCCUGCAGCAGAGAUGGGACCAGGUGGAGCAGGACCUGGCCGAUGAGCUGGUCACGUCCCAGGGCUAUGAGAAAUUGCUCAGGGCAGUUUUUGAGGAGGCUGGCUAUUUAAGGACCCUAGAAGGAAGCGAGUCUGCACAGCAGGAAGGAGGUGCUAAGGGCCUGGUGUUUGAGACCUUGGACAACUGCAGUAAGGCACAUAAAGAACUGUCAAAGGAGAUUAAGAGACUGAAAAGCGUGCUCACCCAGCAUGGCAUCCCCCAUGGGAAGCCUGCAGAAACUUCCAGCUCCGAGCACUUGGGCCCCAAGACACCCACAGACAGGACAGCAGAGCAGCUACGAGGUGACCCGGGACUGCGUGGGAAUACCUUGUGACCUGGGACAGGGUUGGAGGACAGAACCAGACUGUGGCAUCCUGUGUGGGAGGGGCAACCAGGCUGGGACCACGGUGCAGAGCAGAAAGGUCCUGGGCAGGUACACUGCAGCCAGAGGACGCCUUCCUCCGUGACUCCCAGGCCAGGCGGCUCACAGGUUGUGCUCAAAGAUGUAGACAAAGUAAAGAUUCAAAGUUUUAAUUAAUUCCCAUACUGAUAAAAAUAAUUCCAUGAAUUCUGUAAACCAUCGCAUAAAUGCUAUAGUGUAAAAAAACUUAAGUGUUAACAACUUUAAACAAUUCACUACCAGUAAAUGAUUAUGUGUCAUAAAUACUA